AUGCAGAAGAGCUCGUUCGUCUGGCGCGCGGCCCCUAUGCGGCCUGCGCCCGACCACAGUGGGCCACAAACAGAAAAACAAGCGGGGGCGUUCGACUCUCAACGGAGCAGCGUCGCUGCCGUCGACCGCGGACUGCCCUCCCGGCAGCUGUUGACGACCGGCUUUCUGCCGGCAAGCGAUUUCCAUCCGGCGGUGACGAAAAUCGUGGACGGAGAGGUGCUGCCGAAAGUAGGUUCGCUCACAGGGCUCGAAUCCCUGUGCCGCGAUGCGGAGUUUUUGCAGCAGGAGGCGUCACCAUGCCGUCAAGGCAGCGUCCGGCGAGAUGCCAGCAUGCCAUCAAUGACAGCGACAUCUUCUGCCUUCGAUGAAGAUUCGAAGCCGGCGCGUGGUGAUUCCCUAUCUGUUGCUGAAGGAUCUACGGUGGAUUGUUCGUUGCCCCCGCUAUCCCGCCUUUGUUCAAUCAGUCUAUUGUCGGCGGAUGCUUCCCCUGCUUCAGCGUAUAUAUCCACAUCGGGUGCCCACCCGGUGGACUGCGUAGACGGCACCAUAUCUUGUGGUUUUACGACGGAGCCCCCCUCGGUCGGUUCCACCGGUCAACCGUCAGAGGAAUGCGACUCGCCGACGUUCCACUCAGCCUCUACGGUGUCAACGCCUCCAGAGCUAUUUCCUAUUAUAGCAGCGAAGCUCAUGGGUCAUCCAGACGAGCCUCGUACACCGAGCGCAUGCAUGCCCUCGCAUACAUUGGCACCAGGCUCGCCUACGCCUGACAAGCACGGCGUGGGUAGCUCCGACACCGCCGUGACAACUGUAUGUUCAGAACGGACGGGUUCGGGUGGAGACGGUGUUUCUGCGCUGCUGGAGUCGAAGUAUGCGGACAAAGUGGCGCACCUUCCUUGCGCUGUCGGAUUGAGAGGCGGCAGUGCGAGCUGGUGCAGCAGUGACUCCACUCAGAUUGCCGAGGGGGGCAACCUGUCACCGUCGGUGCAAGUGAGAACCUCUUAUCCCGAUCCGACCUCGAGCUGCGAAGAGGACGGCGACGCUGCAGACUGGCAGUCAUCGGCAGUACCGGAGUCCGAACGAGCUCGUUCUUUUUUUCUAUCGCAACCGCCAUCGAGGGACGAGCCGAAUGAUCCUGACGGGGCUGCCCUAGUUGCCGGCCACGCGCCGCAAGGUCCAACCACCGCCAGGGAACUAUCUUCGCUGGAUGGUCCUCUGGAACCUGGUAUUGUACCACAAAGCACUUCUUCGUCUGUCACUACAGCAAGCGAAACGCAGGGACGCAAGGGAUCAGAACCAGAAGAUUCGUGUGUUGGAUCGAGCGACAGUCGCGGCGCAGCCGUCGUCGUUCCACGCGGUGUGUGGUACAAUCGAUCUACGUGCUGCUGGAUCGCAUGUGUUUCCGGGGUUGGCAAGAGGCUUUACGUAUUCAGCGCGAAACGUCUGGGCUUUGAACGGGCUAGACAGCUGGCAGUUGACUGCAAGAACGGAUGUCUGAUGCCGGAUGACCUAGAGGCCGCCGCGGAUGACAACAACGGGGGAGGCAAGGCGACAUCGAGCUUGGCAGGAGGGAAAAGCUCGAGGGCGCCGACAUAUCAAGGGAAGUCUGUCAAAUGUGAUAAGCCGAUCACGGGUACAGCCUCGAUUGACCCCGCAGGAUCUAAGUGGGCGCAUUCGACUGGCGAUGGUGCGGACAGAGCACUUGCGAGACCUGCAACCAAGUCGCCUUCAUGUGGAGAAGGCAUCGUCUGCGAUGGUGUCGGUGAUGACGCUAGCACGGCCAUUGAAACACCGGGCAUCUUAAGCCGGACUCGAAGCGCGGACUGCAGCCAGGAGGUAACACCUCCAUCUGAAGAAAAUCUUGUGUCAAAAGAGACCAGCCCCAUUUCUUCUCUGGUUGCAGAGCGAGCUCCUCGGAAAAGGGUUGUCUCGAGACGCGUUGCUGAAACUCGUGCAACCAGCAGAACCAGCCGAGUGAAAGCACCAUCUGAGCAGCCCCCCAGACAGGAUGACUGCGCAGUUGCCACUUCUCGAGUGGCGAGCAAAGGGGCAAACAGAGCUGGGACUCCACAUGGGGUGUGGUUCAAUUCCCAUACUAAGUCAUGGACUUGUGCGACCGUCGGGCCACGACGACAGCUCUUAGUCUUCUCGUCUGCCCGCUACGGUUUUGAUAACGCUCGGGCCAUGGCCAUCGAGGCUCGCAUGCAGUCCGUGCAAGCUCUGCAGGAACACGCACCUUCUUCCGAGAACCUGCAAUGCAGAAGCUCUAGAGCGCCUGCUGCAAAGGAGGACAACGAGUCCGCUUCGUGGAGACCAAAAUCAGAUCCGUCUAACACUCAGACUGUGGACAGCGUUGAGCAGGCACGAAGCAGUUCUGAGGAAACCAUCGGAGACGAUAUAUCGGACAUGGGCACUCCGCAUCGGUCGCCUCGCUUUGCUAGACCAACCAGUCUAUCGGAUGCAAGGCCGGCAUCGGUCUGCGAUGACUCCUCUGCUCAUCAAGGGGAACUCAGUCGCUGCGCGUCAGUAGAUGCGGUAGAAGCCAAGCAGUUGACCGACAAGGAACAACAGCUUUUAUGUGUUGGGAGGCUAGCGGCGAGACUGGUCUUAUCCGACCUACUCGAGGUCUGUCUGCCGCAGCUCCCGUUAUCACCAGCGUCAUUCGAGCGGGCACGAUCUGCUGUGGAAGUUGCCCUGUGGACAGUGAGCUCAGCUCAGCAUCCUGCGCAAAUGCGCAACUUUCUGAGGCUCUUCGAUUCUUGUUUCCACGCCCUCAAGACGCCAUCGAACAUGCCAAGCCAGACCAAGGUGCAUCUGCUGGAAGUACUGACUGGUGCGGCACUGGAGUUCGUACGCGAUCGUGGGAGUGUGCAAGAUGACAUGAAAAAAGGAGCACCGGUGCACGCGGAGGAACAGCUUGAAGGCGACAGGAAGAGGCAAAAGUUGGAGGAUGGCCUGUCAGCUCCUACCUCAGCAGUCACUACCCACGGAUGGGUGCGAAGGCCGGAUGACUUGGUGUUCGACUCAACAGCCGCUGCGGAGUAG